CAAACAGCCCGAGGGAGCUAAGCUAGUGACCAUGGCCAAGCUCGCCGCCGCCCUGGCCGUGCUCGCGCUGCUCGGCUGCAUGGCGCGUGAGUGCCAGGCAGACUAUGGGCAUCCCAGCCCGCCGCCCACCCCGUGCUCUCCUGGCCAUCACUCGACUCCCCCGAGCACAGCUAGUCCUCCUUCUCCGGCGCCCGUCCCGAGCCCACCAGCCUCGGCGGAGCUCGUGGUCGGCUACUACCAGAAAACGUGCCACCGCGCCGAAGACAUCGUGAGGGAGACCGUGCGCGGUGCCAAUGCCGGCAUCAUGGCGGGGCUCGUCCGCCUCUUCUUCCACGACUGCUUCAUCAGGGGUUGCGACGCCUCCGUGCUACUCGACCUUGCCGACCCUAGCAGCGCCACGGAGAAGUUCGGCCCCCCGAACCUAAGCCUGCGAGGCUUCGAGGUGAUCGAUGCAGCAAAGGCUAGGAUCGAGAAGGAGUGCGGGAACGUCGUCUCAUGCGCCGAUGUCUUGGCCUUCGCUGGUCGUGACGCUACCUUCUUCCUCAGCAACAAGAAGGUCUACUUUGACAUGCCGGCCGGACGCUACGACGGGCUUGUGUCCCUGAUCAACGAGACACUCAUCCACCUGCCCCCGCCCUUUGCCACCGUGGAGCAGCUCAAGGCCAACUUUGCCUCCAAGGGGCUCUCCGCCGACGAGAUGGUCACCCUCUCCGGUGCACACACCAUCGGGGCCUCCCACUGCUCGUCCUUCGACGACGACCUCUCUGACCGCCUCAAUGCCAGCACCUCCGACAUGGACCCCAAGCUGAUGGCGUCUCUAGAGAAGCAGUGCAAGUCAGACACCGGCAGCGACAACAAGGUGGUGCAGGACAUCAAGACCCCCAACAAGUUAGACAACAAGUACUAUAAGAAUGUGCUCAGCCACGAGGUGCUUUUCGCCUCGGACGCUGCGCUCUUGACGGCGGAUGACACGAGUGCGGCGGUGCGUGCCAAUGCCGAGGAUAACAAUGUGUGGGAGGAGAAGUUCAAGGCAGCAAUGGUGAGGAUGGGUGCCAUCGAGGUCAAGACCAGUGCCGAUGGUGAGAUCAGGAGGAGCUGCCGUGUCCUCAACACGUACUAAAUCAACCGGUGGUCCAUCAAAUCAUGAUGGCAAGUUUUUCACUGCUUGAGAUUACGAAUAAGCUCAUCUUUUCUCAUGAGCAUGGAAUUUGGAUUUUUCUCUCUUGAUGUUUAAAUUGAUUUACCGGUCCUGAUUUUUUAAAUUUGAUUUACCUCCCUUACUAUUGUAUUCAUUCUUGUCUUUUCCUUGGGUUUGAACUGUAAUAACAUUUUGUUUUGAAACAUUUUCUUAUGAAAGUUGUUAAUUUUCACAACAAUCUGGAGAUAUUAAUAGUUCUUCAAAUGUUAUUCCUUCUGUUCUUUUCUUAUCUAUGAAUGUGGUGGAAGGGCGAGAGUGGAUUUUUGGAACAUGGGUGCAUUGGAGGACUUUAUUCUAAAUAGUUUAAGAAUCACAUAUAAAAUUUCAAAAAAAAUCCAUAAAAGAAUUCUAAAUGAUCAUAUGGAUGGAUAUUACACAU